CCUCCCUCCUCAAUCGCUCUCUCUCACCUCUAAAAAUUUCUCAAAACCAGAGGAGGAUAUCAUUUGGUAUCUUCCGUUAACGGUUACUCCGGAGGAAUGCAAUUCCAUAUUGAUUUCGCCCCCACCGCCUCCAUGUGCAGUCCUUGCGCGAGCUCCUUUGCUGUCUGAACUUCCGUAGUUUUUUUUUCCUCCGAAAACGAGACGCAUUUACGGAGAUUUUCUUCUCAAUCUUUCUAUUAGUCAUGAAAAGGCACGAAGCCCUGGAGACCAAUAACCCAUUUGAUUCUCUCUCGGAGGAGCUCGUCUUCACCAUUCUCGACCACCUUCCUUCGAAUUCACUCGACAAGAAGUCGUUUUCUUUAGUCUGCAAAUCUUUCCACGCAAUCGAAGCCAAACAUCGCCGAGCCAUCAGGCCUCUUCGCUCCGAACUUCUUCCUUCGAUCUUGAACCGAUACCCGUUUGUGUCCCAUGCUGAUCUCUCUCUGUGCCCUCGAGUGUCUGAUAGUUCCCUCAACUUCAUAGCUAACGCUUACAGUGCUACGCUACGACGGAUCGAUCUCUCGCGGUCCAGGUUCUUCUCUGCUAAUGGGUUGUUGAGUUUGGCUACCAAUUGCAAGAAUUUGGUAGAGCUAGACUUGUCCAAUGCGACGGAGCUGAAAGACGCAGCGGCGUCUGCAGUGGCUCAGGCGAUGAAUUUGGAGAAGCUGUGGUUGGCGAGAUGUAAGCUGAUAACGGACAUGGGAAUUGGGUGCAUAGCAGUUGGGUGUAGGAAAUUGAAAUUGAUUUGCUUGAAGUGGUGUUUGGGUGUGGGUGAUUUAGGGGUGGACUUGAUCGCAGUCAAGUGCCAGGAACUCCGUAGUUUGGAUCUCUCUUAUUUGCCUAUCACAGGUAAAUGUCUGUCAUCAAUUGUUAAAUUGCAAUAUCUUGAAGAUUUGGUCCUUGAAGGAUGCUUUGGCGUUGAUGAUGACAGCCUUGAUGUCUUCAAACAAGGGUGCACAACAUUAAAGAAACUUGACGUCUCAGGUUGUCAAAACAUAAGCCACAUAGGUCUCUCUGCCCUAACAAGCUGUUCUGGAUGUAUUGAGCAGCUUACUUUAUCAGAUGGUUCUUCUGUGACACUUGCUCUUGCUGAUGCCUUGAAUAAACUUCCCAUGCUGCAAUCAAUCAUAUUAGAUGGCUGCCUGGUUACUCCUGCUGGAUUAAAGGCCAUUGGAAGUUCAUGCAUGUCAUUAAAAGAGCUGAGUUUGAGAAAAUGUUUGGGAGUGACUGACGAAGCUCUCUCAUUUCUUGUGUCCAAACACAAGGAUUUGAGGAAGCUUGACAUUACAUGUUGCCGCAAGAUAACUCAUCUUUCAAUUGCUAGCAUUGUGAACUCGUGCAAAAAUCUCACUUCACUCAGGAUGGAAUCAUGUACCCUAGUUCCAAGAAAAGCAUUCGUUGUGAUUGGACAGCAAUGCGAUUCUCUUGAGGAGCUAGACCUUACGGAUAAUGAAAUUGAUGAUGAAGGUCUCAGGUCCAUUUCUCGGUGUUCCAGACUCUCCAGUCUAAAAUUAGGAAUCUGCCUGAACAUAACUGACAAGGGACUUGCCUAUGUUGGUAACUCCUGCUCAAAGUUAAAGGAGCUAGAUCUCUACAGGUCCACGGGAAUAACAGAUUUAGGCAUUUCAGCAAUUGCUUGUGGUUGCCCUAGGCUUGAGACGAUUAAUGUUGCUUAUUGUACUGACAUCACUGAUGGUUCCUUAAUCUCCCUGUCAAAAUGCUUAGAGUUGAAAACACUGGAAAUCCGUGGAUGCCUUCUUGUCACAUCUAAGGGUUUAACAGCUAUUGCACCAAAUUGCAAGCAACUAAGUCGUCUGGACAUAAAGAAGUGCUACAAGAUUGAUGAUAGCGGGAUGAUUCCACUUGCUUGUUGGUCCCAAAAUCUAAAACAGAUAAAUUUGUCAUACAGUUCAGUCACAGAUGUAGGGCUAUUGUCACUUGCUAGCAUCAGUUGUCUACACACUUUUAGUCUUCUGACCUUGCAGGGAGUGACUCCAAGAGGACUUGCUGCUGCUUUGUUGGCAUUUGGAGGGCUAAGAAAAGUGAAGCUCCACGUUUCCUUGAGAUCAACACUCCCUGAUCCUCUUAUCAAACACGUUGAAGCUCGUGGCUGUUUGUUUGAGUGGAGGAAUAAAGUGUUUCAGGCUGAGAUGGAUCCCAAGUGUUGGAAAUUACAGUUGGAGGAUCUGAUGGAAGUCGUUUAAGUUGAGAAGAAGGCUACAAAAAUAAUUUGUUUAUUCUGAUUUUUUUCUAUCAUCUCUACCAUCUCUCUGCAAAAUGGAUUAUCUACAGUUGGUGCUCAGAGGAAUAGAAUUGAUCCUCACUCUUCGAGUUAACAAAACUGUGUACAUGACUCUCGGAUCUCCUACUGCUCUAGAAGCAGCCACGUAGAGCCUGUGGUGGCCUCCAAACAGUGAAUGUUGUUUUGUACAACUUUUUAUUAUCUAUCAUUUUUUUAAAAAAAAAAGGGUUAAACCUGCUUUCCUUAGCGGCGUCUCACAAUUUGAGGAUCUUUUCUGGCCUUUAAAUUUUAAUUAAUACAUGUAUAUAUACAGAGGGAGAGUGUGGAUGUGCUCUGUCUUGUGCGCGCGCGCGCGGAUAACAACGGUCUCACUAUGUCCUCUAUUAAGAACCACAGCCCGGUAGAGACUUUGGUGGCCUUGAAUUAAGAAGGAAGAUGUUUAACGAUCAUGUAUCUUUGCCACUUCCAUACCAUAUAUUAAUUGGUUAAUGGGUAAUUUUGUCUUGAUUUUUUUUUUUAAUCAAGUAUAAUGGGGAUUGGCAGAUAUGCGUCUCACAUUGGAACUUGCCAGAGAAGGAAAUCAACGUGCAGAUGCUCUUGCAAGUCUUAGUUUAGAAUUGGAGGCUGGUGUUCAUGUCUGGCCUGAAGAUGAACUGUUGGAAGCUGUUGUUUUUUAGCGGAUAGAUGCAGUUUUGGGGUGGCUGAGGGGGGGGGGGGUUCAUUUUUGUUUUAGUAGAACUAGGGUGGUUAUUUUGGUAUUUUCCCCCCCUCUAGUUCAGAUGUUUAUUUGUUGGGCUUAAAUAAUGAGGACCGAAAACUGCAUCACAUUUGAUGAAUCAUGAAUGCUUAAAACUGCAGGGGGCUUAACGCAAUGAAAAUGCAUAGGUCCUCCCGGGAGUCGAGUUGAGGUCGAUGGAUUCGAAGUCCAGAGUGCUAACUACGACACCACGGGACAAUAUUGCAACGGAUGAUGUAUACUUCUUAUUUUUAUCUAGUGUUUCACAUGUUCUAGUUUCCUUGCGCUUCAUAUUCAUCUUCAUCUCCUGUACCCUGUGCGUCUUCAUCCUUGGUCAUGUUUUCGGCAAACUCCCAUUAGAGGUGGGUUUCAUUGUUAACGUACGGUCUCACUAUAUCGUGGGAUUAAUUAUGCAAACCGCUGAGAAUACGUAGCUAGAGAAGUCUUUGGGGUUCUCACUCUUC